GCUCUUGGAGGCUGAGUUGAGAAGCAGUGGUGCCAGGCAGCGGAACUGGGUGAAUUUACAACGUUACAGGAGCCACUUGGUCGCAGGCAAACGAUUUGAGACUCGGCGAGAGCCAUUUGUAAUAGCCAAGGAUGCGGGAAUAACGACAGAUCUGGACCGUUUGGCUUCUUUGGAUUAAUUUUCUCUCAUCACACAGCCCCACAUCUGGUUCGAAAUGUCGGGAAAGAUAGAAAGUAAGCAAGACUCCCAGCGAUCCCAUUUGUCUUCCUUCACCAUGAAACUUAAGGACAAGUUCCACUCACCCAAAAUCAAAAGGACCCCGUCGUCCAAGAAGACGCCCAAGCCCCCCACAGAGAACACAGUCAAGACCCCGGAGAAGCACGUCAACAAGAACCUGAGUCGGCUGGAGGAGCAUGAGAAAGAUGUGGUCAGUGCCUUGCGUUACUUCAAGACCAUCAUCGACAAGAUGGUGGUGGACAAGAAGGUUCUAGAGAUGUUGCCCGGUUCUGCCAGCAAGGUUCUAGAGGCUGUUCUGCCUCUGGUCCAGGUGGACCCAAGGAUACAGCACAGCUCGGCCGUGUCUUCGUGUCUGAACCGGGUCUACCAGAGCCUGGGCAACCUCAUCCACUGGUCCGACCAGGUGAUGCUCGGAGACGAAGACAUCAACCUGGACGACAAGGAGACCAUCGUGUCAGUCACCACGGUGAUCAGAGCGGUACUGGAUGGCGUUAAGGAGCUGGUGAAGCUGACCAUUGAGAAGCAGGAGCACCCUUCCCCCACCUCCCCCGUCAAGCCCGUGCCUCCUGUGACCAUCCAGGACAGCACGCCGGAGGCUCCUGCGGGUGAGACUGUUGGAGAGAAAGAGAAGGAGAAAGAGAAGGAUGGAGAGGUGGAGGCGCCCAUGAAGCCCUCCUCCACCUUAACACGGCCCAUGAAGCCCUCCUCCACCUUAACACGGUCCACCGAAGUCCUCAACGACUCCACCGAUGAGGAGGUGGCCCCCCCAAAACCCCCCCUCCCCGGGCUGAAGGUUCCUGAGCACUGUCCUCCAGCCCUUCCUCCUAAGAAGCGCCAGUCGGCUCCGUCUCCCACACGUGUGGCAGUGGUGGCGCCCAUGAGCAGAGACACCGGCGGCUCCAGUCUUCCCAUCGGCAUCACCAAACAGGACUACGAGGCGGACGCGCUCCAGCGGCGCUUCUCUGGGGGAAGUCACUCGUACGGCGGCGAGUCUCCGCGUCUGUCCCCCUGCAGCAGCAUGGGCAAACUCAGCAAGUCGGACGAGCAGCUCUCCUCCAUCGAGCAGGACAGCGGACAGUGCUCACGCAACACCAGCUGUGAGACGCUGGACAUCACGGAGGGCUACGACCCAGACUAUGACUUCCUGCACCAGGACCUGUCCAGCGAGGGUCAGAUCGCUACGCUGUCCAUGGGUGGCUGCCUCAGCCCCCUCCCCGAGUCGCACCGCGAGUCGUCGUCCUCCUGCCCCCCGCUCUACGCCACCCAGUCGCCUGUGCCGGGGGUCAUCUCUCCGUACGGGUCGCCCUCUCCCCUGCAGCCGCCCCCCCUCCAGUCCCGCGUCAGCGCGCCACCCGCCCUCCAGUCCCGCGUCAGCGCGCCCCCCGCCCUCCCCGAGAAGAGGCGGCGCAGCGGCGGACCCCCCCACGCCGCCGCCUCGCUGGACGCCGCGGCCUCCCCCCGCGCUCCGCUGGAGCGGCUGCACUCGCACUACGACAACAUCAGCGAGGAGGAGGUCCACGCCCUGGCGCAAGGACUCGCCCUCGGCCACCACGGGCCGCCCGUGCCCCCGUUCCCGCUCCACACACACGUCUCGCCCGCGCCCGCCACGCCAGGAGCCCCCUACGGCCCCGCACACCACCACUUCAGCCCCAUCCACGCCACCGACGUCCCACAGAGCCCCCCCCCACUGCCCGAGAAGAAGAGCAGGCAUAUCCUGAAGUACAUGCAGUUUGUGGAGGACUACUCGGAGCCUCAGCCCUCGGUGUUCUACCAGACGCCCCAGAGCGAGAGCAUCUACGAGCAGCGCAACAAGCGCUUCCAGGAGGUGUACGGCUUCAACGACUCCUUCAGCAGCAGCGACUCCAUGCACGAACCCCUGCCUCCGCCCGCACUGCCCCCCAAACAGAGGCAACUGGCGUCACUCUCAGCCUCUCCCUCCUCCUCCUCCUCUUCGUCCCUGUCCAGUCAGCUGCCGGCGGCUCAGGCUGGCUCUCUGGCUGUGGAGGGAGGGGACGACGCCGCCACCGCCGCCGCCAAUCUCAGCCUCUCCGCCUCUAACUCCUCCCUCACUGCGCCUACGAGCUUGGACUUGGCAGCCCCGGCCACGCCCAGCCAAGACCUGCUGCUAUUGGCUAACGGCUCCCUGGAGAGCUCUGCUGGUUCUCUGGCCACCUGUCUUCCCUCUGACGCUACUCUGUCCGACACACGCCAGCCCUCCCUGGACCCAACCGCUGAGGACCCGGAGGCCCCUGCGGCAGACAAGGACAUGACGGAGUCCGACAGCUGGAGGUUGAAGUCUCCAGACUCUGGACAGAGCACAGAGGAGGUGGACGAGCUCUCCCUCAUCGACCACGAGGAGAUCAUGUCCCGCAUAACACUAAAGCAGGAGAAUGACGAUGGGCCGGAUGUGCGAGCUGGAUCGGGAGAUAUUCUUCUGGUCCACGCCACAGAAACUGACCGCAAAGAUCUGGUGCUGUAUUGUGAAGCGUUCCUGACCACGUACCGUACGUUCAUAACCCCAGAAGACCUCAUUAAGAAGCUCCACUAUCGGUACACCAGGUUUUCCCACAGCCCGGACACGUUUAAGAAGCGCGUCAGCAAGAACACCUUCUUUGUGUUGGUGCGCGUGGUGGAUGAGCUGUGUCUGGUGGAGUUGACGGAGGACAUCCUGCGGCAGCUGAUGGACUUGGUGUUCCGGCUGGUGUGUAGUGGGGAGCUUAGUCUGGCCCGGGUUCUCCGCAAGAACAUUCUGGACAAGGUGGAACAGAAGAAGCUGAUGCGCUAUACCAUAUCACUGCAGCCACUGGCUGCCAGAGGGGUGGCCGCAAGGCCGGGCACACUGCAUGACUUCCGCAGUCAUGAGAUAGCUGACCAGCUCACUCUCCUCGAUGCAGAGCUCUUCUACAAGAUAGAGAUCCCUGAGGUGUUGCUUUGGGCAAAGGAGCAGAACGAGGAGAAGAGCCCCAAUCUCACACAGUUCACAGAGCACUUUAACAACAUGUCCUACUGGGUCCGCUCCAUAAUCAUCCUCCAGGAGAAAGCCCAGGACCGAGAGAAACUCCUCCUCAAAUUCAUAAAAAUCAUGAAGCACUUACGGAAGCUGAAUAACUUUAACUCGUAUCUUGCAAUACUUUCUGCGUUGGAUUCUGCACCCAUCCGAAGACUGGAAUGGCAGAAGCAAACCUCAGAGGGACUGGAAGAGUACUGCACUUUAAUUGACAGCUCCUCUUCGUUCCGUGCGUAUCGGGCAGCGCUGGCUGAGGUGGAGCCACCAUGCAUCCCCUAUCUGGGUCUCAUCCUCCAGGACUUGACCUUUGUGCAUCUGGGGAACCCUGACCUCAUCGAGGGGAAGGUGAACUUCUCCAAACGCUGGCAGCAGUUCAACAUCCUAGACAGCAUGAGGCGCUUUCAGCAAGUGCAUUAUGAUCUCAAACACAACGAAGAGAUCGUCUCCUUCUUUAACGACUUCAGCGACCACCUGGCGGAGGAGGCUCUGUGGGAGCUCUCUCUGAAGAUCAAGCCGCGCAACAUCGUGCGGCGCAAGACCGACCGCGAGGAGAAGACCUAGUGGGCCGUCCGGCACUCGGGCUGUCCAGCAUUACGCAGCCCCGUUGUGCCCCGCUUUAGUUGGCUUUUAUUUCCGUCUGGACCUCCCGCCAUUUAAUAGGUCAUCACCGACGCCAGAGCAGAGCAGAGGAGAGUAGAGGAGAGCAGAGGAGAGGAGAGGAGAGUAGAGGAGAGCAGAGGAGAGCAGAGGAGAGUAGAGGAGAGCAGAGGAGAGCAGAGGAGAGCAGAGGAGAGCAGAGGAGAGCAGAGGAGAGCAGAGGAGAGGAGAAUGCACGUCACGUGCGGCAAAGGAAGUGCAGCGGGCAGCCAGGCCGGACACAGUUUACAGCGCCUCGGAUGGGAGUGCACUGCGUGUGUGUGUGAGCGUGUGUGUGCGAGCGUGUGUGUGUAGGGGCUGGAGAGGAAGCGCAGCGGGCAGCCAGGCCGGACACAGUUUACAGCGCCUCGGAUGGGAGUGCACUGCGUGUGUGUGUGAGCGUGUGUGUGCGAGCGUGUGUGUGUAGGGGCUGGAGAGAUUCUGUGCCAAGCACAAACAUUUGGGGGCUACAGAGUAGUUUCCUAAUGACUCGUGUCAUCCUGAUCACCUCCCUCCUAAACCCUUCUGCUCGUCCUUCUCCUCCCUCUAUCCCCCCCAUCCCUCUCCUCCUCCUCCAUCCAUCCCCCUAUUACUCUCCUCCUCCUCCCUCUAUCCCCCUCUCCUCCUCCUCCUCAUCCAUCCAUGUUGUUUCAUAUCCCAUUGGACUUUUGCCAUUACCAGUGACAUUUGGGAGUGUGUCCCUCUCUAGGUGGGUUGCCAUGGUGAUGCCAGGGGCAGUUCCCCUGGCCUCCUCCUCCUCCUCUCUUCAUCACUGUGGUGGCUGUUGCCAUGGUGCUGCUGUGGCCCCAUGUCCUGUGGGGCGAUGGGUGUAGACUGACGUACUGGAAAAGCCCACCCACCCCAAACUGUGAUCUGUUGCCCCGGGGUGGGGAGCGGGGGGUGGGGGGGGUAACAGACUGCUCCUGGGAGCUUGUGAAGCGCCUCUGUUGCACCCAGAGGCAAACGUGUAAAUGAAGUCACGGACUGAAGGAAAGAGAGCAAAAACAGAACUCUGGAAACAAGAGACUCUGCUGAAGGCCUGUUGUAAUUAUGACUUGUGUGAUUUUUGUUUGUUUUAUAUUUUUGUCGGUGUACAAUGCAGUUUUUCUUUCCUUUUGUUCUCUAAAAGGAUUUUAAAUGGAUGAACUCGACCUGGGGAGAGAUGAGUCUUCUCAGCCAAUACGAUGAUAUGAAGCUGAAAUGUGCACUUACCAUGAUGAACAAAAAAAAAAAUAAUAAUAAUAAUAAUAAUUGAUGAUAAUAAUAGUGGAAGUAAGGCAGUGAUCAAUGUGAAGGAGACUGAAUAGGUUCGGGCAUUCUGACCAGUUGGGCUACAGAAUCUGAACAGCAAUCCUUUUUUAAACUGGAGACUGGAGACCCCCUUCUACAGUAGAGUCCAGAGGGUCAGCUCUGGCUCAGUGAUCCAAAGACUCCAGGCCCUGACCCCCCAGA